AUGUGCAUCUUUUUUUGUCGAUGGGCAAGCCACUCUGCAACUAACACUCUGCUUUUCACCGAAACUGUUCUUGUAUUUCAUGCUCGGCUUCCAAUCAAAAGCUUGACUUGGAUGUUUUCGGGUCGCUCGGACUUCCUUGAGGACUUGCAAUGUCGAACCAUCCUCAGUGCCUGGUGUGUGUGGAGCCCGAUGUGUCAACAUCAGUAA